GGGAUUUUUAUGGACAGCUUUCAGCCAAGACAUUUCUGGCAAACUUACUCCUAUUUAAUGAGAUAAAUGUGAGCUGGCUGGAGACAAGAAAAACUGACGUAGUACCUGCUGAAGUUCAAAAUAUAUUUGAGUAUCAUGGCUAAAAAAGGGACAACAGAAUAUUUCCUGAGAUUUGUUGUUAUUCUGCUCAUUUAUAUGCAAGGACAAAUUCAGAAGAAUAUGGUGACUGCUCAAACUCCAGGCACCUCAAACCAAUCCAUAUCAGCUCUCUCAACCGUGUUACCCAUACCCACUACAACCACAUCAGACCUGUCAACGGUGUCCAAUUCUUCCACAGCAAGUGUCUCAACCAAGUCCACUUCCCCCACAACAGGUGUCUCAACCUCACCAACUUCACCCACAUUCGAACAGUCCUCCACUGUGCCUACUUCUCCCACAACAGGCGUCUCAACCACACCCACUUCACGCACAACAGGCGUCUCAACUACGUCCACUUCCCCCACAACAGGGGUCUCAACCCUGCCCAAUUCACCCACAUCAAACCUGUCCUCAACAAAUCUCAACACAUCUCAGGAAAUAUUCUGGGAAAUAUUCUGGGGAAUAUAUAUCUCAACCAUGCCUACUUCCCCGACAACGACAACAGGCAUCUCAACCACACCCACUUCACCCAUAUUAGACCCGUCCUCAACCGCGCCUACUUCCCUGACAACAGGCAUCUCAACCACACCCACCCCACCCACAUUAAACCAGUCCUCAACUGCACCUACUUCCCCCACAACAGGCAUCUCAACCACACCCACCCCACCCACAUUAAACCAGUCAUCAACUGCACCUACUUCCCCGACAACAGGCAUCAUGACCACACCCACCCCACCCACAUUAGACCAGUUCUCAAUCACAUCUCCUUCCCCCACAACAGGCAUCUCAACCACAUCCACUUCACCCACAUUAGACCCGUCCUCAACUUCUCCUACUUCCCCAACAACAAACAUCUCAACCACACCCAUCCCACCCAUAUUAGACAAGUUCCCAACUGCCCCUACUUCACCCACAACAGGCCUUUCAAACACAUCCAGGCCAGGCACAUCACCCAUCACUCCCACACCCACUUCAACCACAUCAAACCUCAGUAUUUCAAUCAGAUCAAGCACACCAACCACCCCAAGACCACCAAAUGUCACAACUCCAUCUGCUCCAGUCAGAGACAUUUAUCAUCCAUUAAGCUUCUCUCUGGCUAUCAAUGAAGAUUUUGACUUUCAACUCACUGAUCAAAGUAGCACAAAAUACAAGACGUAUAAUUCUGAAAUUCGAAGUUCAAUUGAUGCAAGUUAUAUUGACGUAUCUGGCUACCAGGCCAAUUCUGCAGCAGUCACUGGUUUCAGGCCUGGCAGUGUGAUUACAGACUUCACUAUUAAUGCAACAAGUGAUAACCUUAAUUUGGCUUCAGCAAACCAACAGCUUGAAAGCAAUCUCCGUUCACAAGGAUUUAAUGUGGCUGAAAUCAGUCGCAGUGUGAAGGAUGGACUAUAUAAUGGCAGUGCCACUAUAUAUCCUGGGAUAAAUCUCACACUGACCUGCACACCUCCAGUGAAUAAUGGCAUAAAAUGGACCAUGAAUGGGAAGGAAAUUCAGCCAUCGGAUAAGUAUACAAUUAAUAACAAUAUGAACAUCGUCACCGUGCACAAUGUCACACCCAGUGACAGUGGUCAAUAUGCAUGCACAACAAUCGUAAACUCAGUGCCCUAUAUUAUCUGGCAAUUUAUAACAAUUCAGCCAUACCCCAAUAUCCAAGUGACCAAUAAUAAAAUUGUAAAAUGUGAGGAUACAACAAUCCCACUGCAGUGUUGUGUCCAGAUGAUGUAUCAAGUACAGUGGAUUGUUAAACCAGCAGCUUGCGUCCAACCUUCAACAGGCUCACCAGCAGGUUGCUUAUUAUGUGACUAUAUAGUUAACAAACAGGACUGCCAGACUACCAACCAAGUGAUAGAGGCCACAUGCCAACUAGAAAAACCCAUCAGCCGCAAUCAUUAUCCAAAGAGCUUCAAAAUAAAUGUCAUAAACAAAGAAUUUACCUGCUCUGAUAGUGUAUUUGGAGCUGGAGAUCUGGGAGAUGUUAACACUGCUGAAUGUAACACAGGCACGGUUGGCACUCAAAAGGCUAAGUGUAAUGCAUCAGGCCUCUGGGACCCCAUAGAAAACAACUGUGUCCUGCGUGUCUUUCAAGAUUUAAAAGAUGAAGCUCAGACUUUACAGGUAAAUGAUAUCGCACAAUUUAUGGGCAUCCUCAGCGGUAAUGUUUCAUUGGAGAUUCAGAACAUCACUGGCUCACAAGCAACCAUAAAAGCAAUUGUAGAAAUUCUGACAAUUGUUUCAAAUCUCUUACAAACAGUUGAAAUUGAUCAAUCCACGAUGAUGGAUUUCCUACAAAUCGUCGACGCCUUUGGAUCAGUAGAUGCACAGGACUCAUGGGUGCUUUUAAACGAAAACAAUGCAAGCGCCAAUGCCAGUUCUGACUUUCUAAAUUCUACUGAAAUUUUUGCAAGCAGGCUUGUGAAUAGCAACUUCAGCAGAACAACAAACUCCACUUUUUUCAUGAAAACUUUAUUCGUUCAUCCUUUUUCUCAAGAAUUUGGCAUAAAUUCAACAACUGAAAUAAGUGUUCCUGAGAUUAUAGCACCGACUUUCAUCACCAUCAUAAUUUCUUCAGCUUUUAACAUUAUCUUACCUGUUCGAAAUCUGACCAACAAUGGCAGCAGUCAAACUGGCACCAAGAUCAAUGGAGAUGUAGCCCUGAUUGUGACAAACUCAACAAUUAACAACAUCUCCCUUUCUUUUGAUCUCAGAAAUGAGACACUGGGAAACCCUCAGUGUGUCUUCUGGAACUUUAGUCUUCUGAAUGGCAUUGGGGGAUGGGACACGACUGGAUGUCAACUAAAGCCAUUAGGGAAUGAAACUGAAAGAUAUACAUGUGAGUGCAAUCACACAACCUCUUUUUCAAUCCUGAUGUCACCAUUUUCCUUGGAAAAAGACAAAGUCAUAAUCUUAGGCUAUAUAACUUACAUUGGUGUUGGCAUUUCAAUGGCCAGCUUGGUUUUGUGUAUCAUCAUUGAAAUCAUUAUAUGGAAAUCAGUGACACGAAAUGACACAUCGUACAUGCGCCACGUCUCCGUCACCAACGUUGCUGUAUCCCUUCUGAUUGCGAAUAUAUGCUUCAUCAUUGGAGCAGCUGUUGUAAAGAAAGGAGUGGGACCCUGCAGUACAGCGACAUUCUUCAUGCACUUCUUUUAUCUCGCCCUUUUCUUCUGGAUGUUGCUGUCAGCACUCUUACUCCUCUACCGCACCCUCAUGGUCUUUUCCAGAAUGUCCAGAGGCACAAUGAUGGCCAUAGCCUUCACUGUUGGCUAUGGUGCACCAUUAAUCAUAGCUGUCGUUACUGUGGCAUCUACAGCUGGAAGCAAAGGAUACAUUCAAAAAGAUCACAAUUGUUGGCUGAACUGGAAUAAAACGAAGGCCCUCCUGGCAUUUGUGAUUCCUGCUCUGACUAUUGUAGCUAUAAACCUGCUGGUACUUAUCGUGGUUCUGUAUAAGAUGUUAAGGAGAGGAAUUAAUGCUUCCACUCAGCCAGGUGAGAAACAUCCCCUAGUGGUCAUUGCUAGAUGUGUGGGGAUUUUAACACCUCUCUUUGGUCUAACAUGGGGAUUCGGCAUUGGGACCAUGGUGUCAUCAGACUUUGGGAUUCAUGUGGUGUUCGCCUUCCUUAAUUCACUGCAGGGCUUCUUUAUUUUGGUGUUUGGGACAUUACUGGAUAGUAAGGUCCGAGAAGAACUGGCAGGAAAGUUGUCACUGAGGAACUUAACCUCUAACCGCACCAGGAGCACAACUUCUGGACCAUCAUCCUCAAGUGGACUUCCUUUCAUUAACAGAUUGCGGCAGAGACAUGCGUACAAUGUCUCGAAUGGUGAAACUUUUCCUUCAAGCAUUUCGAAUGCAGCUGCUGAUAGUUAAGCAACAGCACCUGAAAUACACCCAUAUUAUAAGAGUUUCGUUCACCAAAGCAUUAUACUGUAUAUCUACAUACAAAAGAAGAAAGGCAUUUCAUUGUUUAGGCUGUUGUCAUUAACAGAGAUGAAUGAUGUUAAAUCAAAGAAAAUGAAAAAUUAACUAAUAAAAAUAAAGAUAAAAAAAAACAAAAGGACACUUUUAAAAGAAUCUAGCUCAAACCCCAUGAUAGGUGAUUUCAGAAUGAUGUAUAAGGAAAUAAUUUAGAACUUCUUAAAUAAGCUUAUAAUAUAAGCUGGAUUUGGCCGAAAAUUAUUAUUUUUGCUCCUUUGAUCAGUUUGAAUUUUAACUGACAUCAGGAGGCGCACUGCUGAAAUAUAGCCAUAUAUAUUUUAAGGAAUUAUCCAUUUUAUACAAUGCUUAUUGGGCAGCAUUUUAACUGAAAAGGAAGCAUUACAAGCAUCAUCAAGUCUUCAUAGAUCAUCAUUUUUAGCACAUUAAAAACAUGACCACAAUACUGUUGACUGAUUAACAGCUAUCUGCCUAUCCAUCCAUCCAUCCAUCCAUCCAUCCAUCCAUCCAUCCAUUAUCUGUAGCUGCUUAUCCUGUCCUACAGGGUCACAGGCAAGCUGGAGCCUAUCCCAGCUGACUAUGGGCGAGAGGUGGGGUACACCCUGGACAAGUCGUUAUACUGUAUAAUUAUAUAUUGUAUAAUUAUACAGUAUAAUGACUGUAUAAUUAUACUGUAUAAUUAUACUGUAUAAUUCCUCAUACCUAAAGUCAGUAAGCCUGUUUGAUAUAUCUACAAUUGCUCAGUUGUCAAUUCCUGUCAUUCUUAGCUUUUUUUUAACCAAACAUCAUCACAAAGUACCACACACACAUUUUAAUGGAGAAAGUACUGCUUUCACUGUUUUACAUUUCUAUUUAACAGAUUGUUUAAUCAGUAUGCAAAUGACAUCUAGUCAUGUUGAAGGUUUUUGUGGUAAAUAAAUAGGUUGAGGAAGUGAAUGCAGAGAAUAGGCCAUAAUGAAACUCGAAUGGUAUGAAAUGUUUUGAUGUAAACAAAAUACUUAAUAUGGUUUGCAAAUUAUUUGCCAAAUAUAAUUCUUUUAAAAAAAUCACAGUAAAAGCAUGGCUUAUGAGUUAAACUUCUGACAUGGGAUUACUCCUUAAUUUAUGUGCUUUGUGGUUAGACAAAUUUUGAAUGACCAUAAAUGUUUUGAAACCUUGUAUAAGUUUGGUUUCCUGAUGGGUACUUUGAUUUUCUAUUUUCCCAAAUCUACUCAUAACAGGAAUAAAGUUCAUUAAAACCAUUAACAUUCUUAACAAAA